GACCAGGCAGUGAUGCGUUGAGGGAGCUGAGUAAGCUUCGAGUGGGUCCCACUUGAAUCUUGCUGUGCGACUGUCAUCACUUCAGACACUACAGGCCUAAGUUCUGAACUAGCUUUUAGUUGGUUCUGCAUUUGUCAUAUAUUAGGAUGCCGACGAUUGAAAACUGCUUGAUAUUUCUUAUGUUAUUUUAUUUUUGGCUACGGUUGCGCGGAGGCCAAGUAUCUGUUGCUGAAGUUUCUAUUGAUCCACCUUUUGUAAGCAGGACCUCUACGUCUGACAAUGACCAUAGUGAACGCAGCCCCGUCGCAAAGAAAUCGCCAGUCGCUUCUUCAGUUCAGAAAACAACUCUUCGGACAUCAGACGUCCUUUGUAUCGAAUCAAGUAAUAUCAUCAGGCAAACCAAUUACCCGACCGUUUCGGGUGGUCUUGGAGAUGUUUACAAAUGUACAUGGAACCGUGGUGCAGGGUCGGAAGAAGUACUUCGGAUAUUCAUAUUCUCUGUACAUGUGCUCACCUUUAUCUUCAGGUUGCAGUCAAAUCUCCACGAUCUCCAACUCAAAUUGAUAGUCAAAUGGUCGUCAGAAUCAACAAGAGCCUUGACCGCGAAAUCAGAAUCUGGGCCGUAUUAGAGCAUCCAUAUGUAUUACGCUUGUAUGGCACUGUACGAGAUUUCGGUCCAUUCUGCGCUCUUGUCACCCCCUGGAUGCCAAACGGGACUUUGGACUCCUACCUAAAUCAUGCGGAUCUCACGGAAAUGGACAGGCUUUCCAUGCUUCGACAAAUCGCCGAGGGGCUCAAGUAUCUCCAUGACAACAACGUGAUUCACGGUGAUCCUGAUCCAUACAAUGUCCUGGUAGCUGCCGAUGGAUCCCCGCGCUUGGCAGACUUCGUUCGUUGGGUCCGCUCCAGAGCUCUCAACGCUCCGGACGAUCAGCCUAUACAAUGCGCUACCGAAUCCAGUGACAUAUAUUCUUUGGGGGUGUUGUACGGGAAACAACCCUAUUGGUGGUUGAAGACUCCCAUUCACGUCGUUUCAGCUAGGUUCAAGGACCUCGAGCCCAUUGAUAGCAGCGUGAAGAUUGAAGCACAUCACCUGGAUUGCAUGCGACGGUGCUGGUCAAUCGAACCCAAAAUUCGCCCAUCGGUAGAAAAGACUACGGCGAUCAUUAAUGAGAUGUUACCAGGCGCUCCUGACUGGCUUGCGUUCUACAGCCUUCGUGAACUCCCUAACGAGGUGAUCACAGCAUAUGAACAUCGCGGCACUGCGGCAGGGGGUCUCGGCGAUAUCUGGAAAUGCAGUUGGUGCAAGAACUCAGAGGAGACUAAAGUUGCAGUCAAAUCAGUCAGAAUUCCUCACACAGGCGAUCGAGAUGAAGUAAUUAAGAUGAUUACUCAAGAGGCUCUCGCCUGGGCCAAGUCGUCACACGAUAAUAUAUUGCCGCUGUAUGACACAAUCCCUUAUUUCAGACCUCUUCCCGCCUUCAUGUCUCCCUGGAUGGCCAAUGGCUCGUUGUCCGACUAUCUACGCCGGGAGUUCUCCCGUCUAUCCUCAACCAGGAAACUGGAUAUCCUAAACCAAGUGGUAGCUGGGCUUAAGCACUUGCACGGCGGUGGUAUCACUCAUGGUUCUUUGACAAGUGAUGAUGUGUUCCUCGACGGCUCUGGUAGGGUCUACAUUGCUUACUUCGGUCGCCUAUCCAAGAUUUUUGCGCAAACACAAACUUCCACGUCUGGCUCAGCUAAUGCCUUCGAAUUAAGGUACAUUGCGCCCGAAUUGCUCGCGCCUAUUGCAGAUGCAGGAGCCUCGAGACCAAGUAGAGCUGGAGAUAUCUAUUCAUUUGGCUGUCUCAUGAUCCAGGUGUUAUCAGGAAAGAUACCUUACGAGUGGAUUCAUGAUCCCAACGAAGUACUUCCAGAAAGAGUCAAAAGCACACAGCCCUUCCGCCUUACACAGGAGACCAAUGAAACGCAUUUGACUUUUGGACAACAAUGUCUGUCAGUUAAGAGCGACGCUCGUCCGUCAAUUGAGGAUGUCUUUUGCUUUUUCGUAGUCCAGAAUGUUGGUGCUACUGACUUGACAAACUUUAUCAUUCGGGACAACAAGUACCCCGAGAACUGCGGGGGAUAUGCGGAUAUCCACAUGUGCCGGCUUGCCUUGGACUCGACGACCGUGCUCAUACAGCAAGCUGUUUCCAGUUACCAGGUUACUCUUGGUUGUGUUGACGUCGCAGUCAAGGCACUAAGACCGAUGGGGGCUGCCGAGACACCCAGGAUGAUCAAUCGAUUGUUGAGGGAGAUUAAAAUAUCGUCCGUACUCAAUCAUGACAAUAUUGUUCCUCUCUGGGGUGUCACACGUCAAUUUGGAGUUUUUCCGGCCUUGGUUUCACCGUGGUUAAGGAAUGGCACCUUGACCGACUAUCUGGAGGAUAAGCACGAAAAGCUUUCCAGUGGCGAUAAGUUUGCACUGCUUAGGGAUGUAGCUCGUGGCCUUCAGUAUCUUCAUUCGCAAUCGAUUGUCCAUGGAGACUUGAGUGGCUUCAACGUCCUUAUCGAUGAUGAUAGAAAAGCGCGUCUCACCGAUUUUGGUCUCUCUGCUUUCCUUUCAGCUAGAGCAAGCCAAGCUUUAUUGCCUACUGCUGUUGGAGGCACUCCGCGAUGGAUGGCACCUGAAAACCUGAUGCCCGAUGAGAGCGAUAUGCUGUCUGUGUUCUUCAAGGCAAGCGAUGUGUAUUCUUUCGGGGGGAUCAUGCUUCAGGUAUUGGAGGGAAAGGUCCCAUACCACUACAUCCCCAACGGUGGCGUAAUGCGCCAAAUAUUACAAGGAAUUACGCCUCGAAGGCCAGACACACCUGUUAUCAUUGAUGGCGACUGGGAUUUCAUCCAGCGAUGCUGGUCGGUAGAUGCAGCGUCUCGGCCCUCUAGCACGGAAGUUGUUACAUUUAUGGAGGAACGGGCUACGAUUGUCGUCUGCGCAAAGUCCCGAAUGGAGUAACAGUUCCGACUUCUUGUCGUGCGUAUGCUAACAGGUACCAAGACAAUACGGGUGCUUGCCCUGCGGAUAGGAAUAGUGCAUAUGCAUAUUAUCAGUAUACGUAAAGCAUGAACUAAUGA